AUGCCGGAAUUAGUACUCCACAGCAACUACCCAUAUGCGGUGGAAUACUUUUUGGCGACCCUUGACGCUUCUGCUCCGCGUCCGCAGCUCAGCGCCACGCUCGGCAUCCACGCGGGCCUGCCGCCGUCCGGCGCGGGCAGCAGGCCGGGCAGCAUCUACGGGGGCUUCCCCUCGUCGUCGGGGGCGGGAGGCGGCUCGGGGGCGGCCGGCAUCGACCCGGCGCUGCUCGACCAGCUCAUCACCUCGCUGCUCGGGGUCCAGGCGGCUAACGUGGGCUCCAGCUCGCACCCCAGCGCCGCGCAGGUGACCGCGGGCCUCAGCCGCUUCCGGCCGCUGUCGCGUUCGCUGCGACCGGGAUCAACGCGGAGGGUGGGCAGCGUGAGGGGCAACCGAGGAGGGGGCGGCAACGCGCCUGCAGUCGUCCCAGGCGUGAACGGCGACGCCCCCGCGAGCGUCCCGGCGGGGCUGCCGUCCGGUUUGCCGCCCGGACUGCCGCCCGCGCACGGCGGGCCGUCCCACUCCGGCCUGGCGGGCCACGCCGCGCUGCCGACCAUCGAGGAGGGCAGCCUGGGCCGCCUGGCUGGGCGCAACAUCCGCCGCGAGCGGCCCAUGUCGCUGACGGAGCGCGCGCUCAACGCGCCCGCCGUGCGCGCCGUGGUGCAGGCCAUGCAGGCCGCGCCGCAGCGGCUCCACCACGCGGCCCACGGCGGCCACGCCGAGGACCCGCUGCUCGAGUCGCUGCCGCCCAGCCCCAGGAUAGGGCGCCGGGGCUCCGAGACCAGCACCACCCUCAUGUAGCGGCGCAAGCGAGCGCGAGUGUGUGUUUUUGUAUUGCUAUCUUUAUUUACGGACUGUCCAACUGCCGGACCCCAUUUGCUAUUAAACUGCAUGCUCUCCAA